AUGAGUAAAACGGCGCUCCUUGUGAUGGACUACCAGGCGGGCAUCAUCUCUCGCUUGUCGCUGCCCGAAAACCACCUUCAACUCCUCGCUAAUACGAUUGAUACUGCACGUCCUUAUGCCAAAAUAAUCUAUGUGACUGUCGCUUUCCGUCCCGGUCAUCCCGAGGUUUCGGCUUCGAAUGCUACCUUCAGCGCCGCUGCUAAAAGCAACUCAUUUGUAAGCGGCUCGCCAGAAACUCAAAUCGACCCAGUAAUUGCCCCUAAAGAGGGCGAUAUUCUCAUUGAGAAAAAGCGCGUCAGUGCUUUUACCGGCAGUGGCCUGGACCUUGUGUUGAAAGGCCUAGGGGUUGAGACUCUCGUGUUAGCGGGUAUUAGCACAGGGGGCGUAGUGCUCUCAACUGUUUGCGAGGCAGCGGAUAAGGAUUUCAAACUUGUUGUGUUGAAAGACUUCAAAAUCUUCAGCAAGAGGGGAGAGGUUUUGGGAGCUGAGGAAUGGCUGCAGAAAUUGAAAGCUUGA